CCAAUGUGACGCAAAGAAUGAAAACACAGAAACAACAACUAGAAGUAGAACUGUGCCACCGCCAUGGAGUCACAGCAGCAACCGAUACGCGCUACUCCUCAUCCGCCGCCGCAAGCCCGUGAUUCCACCGCCAUUGCCCUGCCCUUCCUCUCAUUCCUCGCCAUUGCCGCCCUGCUUUUAGUUCCUUCAGCACCUACAUCUUUCAAAAGUACCUUAUCAAUUCUGCACCAAGUCCCUGAAGGCCAUGUAGGGGUAUAUUGGAGAGGAGGUGCCCUUCUGAAAACAAUCACAGAGCCAGGUUUCCAUCUAAAGAUCCCUUUCUUAACUCAGUAUGAGCCUGUUCAAGUGACACUUCAGACAGAUCAGGUGACAGAUAUACCAUGCGGUACUAAAGGAGGUGUUAUGAUCAAUUUUGAGAAGAUUGAGGUUGUUAACCGACUCCAUAAGGAUUUUGUCUAUGAGACAUUGCUUAACUAUGGUGUACAGUAUGACAAGACAUGGAUAUAUGACAAGAUACAUCAUGAGAUCAAUCAGUUCUGCAGCUCUCAUAGUCUUCAGCAAGUCUAUAUUGAUGUGUUUGAUCAGAUUGACGAAAAGAUGAAAGAUGCUCUUCAAGGUGACUGCACCCGCUAUGCCCCAGGCAUUGAGAUCAUCGGUGUCCGUGUCACAAAGCCAACUAUUCCUUCUAGCAUAAGACGCAACUUCGAGCAAAUGGAAGAGGAGCGUACUAAGGUCUUGAUUGCUAUUGAGAAACAGAGAGUAUCCGAGAAGGAGGCAGAGACUAUGAAGAAGAUGGCUAUUAGUGAGGCUGAGAAGAAUGCCAAUGUUAGUAAGAUCCUUAUGGAACAAAAAUUAUUGGAAAAAGAUAGUUCUAGAAGACAGGAAGAAAUUGAGAAUGCAAUGUACUUGGCACGUGAAAAGAGCCUGGCAGAUGCAGAUUUCUACCGUGUGAUAAAAGAAGCUGAAGCAAACAGGUUGAAGCUUACCCCUGAGUUUCUUCAGUUAAAAUUUAUCGAGUCCGUUACAAAUAAUACGAAGAUUUUCUUUGGGGAAAAGAUUCCAGGUAUGAUCCUGGAUCAGAGGCUGCUUGGCAACCUCCUUCAAGAAGCUUCCAGAGGGGCAGCUACAAAGGCAAAAGCAGAUAUCUAAAUUCUUGGAGUCGGAGCUCAGAUGACUUGCAAGCAUUAUCAACAUCUGCGAGAGGAUUCCUAACCUGUUAUCUUCUACAGUACACCAUGAGAAGUAGGAAACUAUUAUUUUAGGAAGCUUUUUACUUUUCUUUCUAUGUGGAGGGGAACGUAGAUACUAGGUGGUCCCUUCUGAAACAAUGGAGGCUAGAAAAUUCACAUAAUAUAAUAUAUCAUAUCAGUUGGUACAGUUUGGAUGAAGCACAAUUAUAUCAAGUUCAUUAGUCGUUGUUACA